GCUUCUUUUACUCCAUGCGAGAUUAUUCUAGGCCUACAAGUUUGGUUUCCUUUAAUAAUUUCAUAGAUCUAUACACUAGAUAUCGCAUACGGACACUGAGCAUGCGUCAAUAGCGCCGCCACAUUUGUACAGUACUCCCUGGACAAAUGUCAUUCAACUGCACUAGUCAAGACUAAAGCUAAUGUGAAGAUGCUGGACUUUAGCGCUGUGUAUGGGUGUAGCAACGAGCAAACAAAGAAAACAAAGCAUAAAGGCUGAACAUUUCAUAGAUGUAAUUUCUCCAAAGAUGUCCGAAUCAACAACUCUCUCGAUAGUUGGUGGUGGACGAGGUUUACCAUUUUCAUUUACUGGUGAAGACACUGGUGCCUUUUUAAAGAAGAUCUGGGUUUGGGAGGGAGAAUGGCAGAUCAAGGCUAUCAGGGCUUGGCUUUCAGAUGAUAAAAGUGAAACUUUUGGAGAAUCGUCUGGAUCAUAUAAAGAGUUUGUGUUUAAGCCUGGAGAGCGUUUCACCUCACUGUCCCUCUGGGAGAACAAAGAAGGAACACGUCUUGGAGCCAUCAAAUUCAAGACCAACAAGGGUAGAAAAUUUUCUGCAAAAAUGACCAAAGUUUCACGCCCAAAAGAAAUCCCUAUCGAUGUUGGCUCUGGGUUUUGUUUAGGCAUUGUUGGAAGGUCUGGCGCAGACAUUGACAACAUGGGAUUCAUGUUUCUCAAUGCGGUUGAGUCAGUAGUUCUCAACAAUGUCAGCUAUCCCACAGUCAAUCAACUGACACCACAGGUGGAAGUAGAAGACCUCAAAUCUGCCACUUAUAAGAACAGAGGCUAUGUCAAACUACAGCAAUCAAUUGAAACCUCAAAGAAAGUGAUCAAAAAAUCUGUGUGGUCUAUGAGUGAGACUUUUUCUGCAGCAUUCAGUAUGGAGGUGAAGGCUGGAAUUCCAAAGAUCUUAGAAGCUUCUACAGGAUUCAGUUUCAGUGUGGGAACAGAGGGCACAUAUAGUCUGGAGCAGACGGAGGAGAGAACAGAAAAACUGACCACCACUUUGGAAGUCCCACCACAGAAGAAGGUGGUUGUGAACAUCAGCAUUGGCAGAGCUACUUUUGACCUGCCGUACACUGGCACAGUGAAGAUCAUUUGCAGGAAUGGCAGUGUUGUAGAGUAUGAAACCAAGGGUCAAUAUAAAGGCAUCACUUACACUAAUAUUGAAGUAAACACUAAAGAUUCUGAUCUGUGAUAUGAGAGUCAAGAAAGAUUGUUCAUGAACGGUCAUUAUCUAAUUUUAACAAACCAAAUUAAUUGUAAGGAUGGCUGUAUCUCUCCAUAAUAUUAAACCCUGAAAACUGUUAUGGAACUCCACUCGAGAAAAGACCACGAGAAUGGUCAAGCACUAAAACAAUAAACUUUCUAAUCUCAGAAGAAGAUCAGCUAGAAAACCAGUUGUUCAGGUUGUCUCAAUCAUGCAUUCUGAGUCCCCCCCCCCCCCACUUUGCACUAGACUUUACCUUCUCCACCAGAGAAGCUCACUUACAUUCCACACAGAAUGUUUAAGUUUUUAAUAUGGUGUAUCUUGUGGCUUUAUAUUCAUGUUUGGUGUCAUUUUAAAUGUCUCUGUGUGAUUGGUAAAGUAUUCGU